CGGUCUUCACCAUGAACCCGGUCGACCCGGAGAACUUGAUUCUGAGGUUUGCCAAACAGCUUGAAUUUGGAACUAGAACAAUGCAUGUGGCGAAGGAGGCUGUCAGGAUAGUCCAACGUAUGAGCCGUGACUGGAUGACCAUCGGCCGUCGGCCAGCUGGUAUCUGUGGAGCGGCUCUGAUUCUUGCAGCGCGAAUGAACAAUUUCCGUCGAACUGUGCGAGAAGUUGUUUACGUCGUCAAAGUCACUGAAGUCACCAUUAACCAGCGUCUGAACGAGUUCAGCUCCACCGACAGCGGCGAUCUAACUGUCGACCAAUUCCGAUCUGUGCAUUUAGAGAAUGCCCAUGAUCCGCCUUCUUUCAGCCAAGCAAAAUUGAAACAGCGCAAGAAAAAGGCUGCUGCAGAGAUUGAAGGCGAGGAGGCUGAUCUACCAGGCCCUUUAUCCAAGAGAAAGCGUGUCGACGCCGACGGCUUCGCUAUUCCUGAUAUCCCUGAUAUCCCUAUAGAUCCUGCCUUGACUGCUGGUCCAUUAUCUACAACAAGGGGAGGCGGAAAAAGCAGUACACCAGCGGCGAAUAAUGUGCGAACUGAUUCCGAAACCUCUUCUGUCUCUACGACAGACGAUGAUACCAGUGCUGCAGACCGACCGGAACAGAAAUCCUCGCGUGGCCGCAAGAAGCAACCCUUGCCUGAACCCACACCUGAAGAACUAGCAUCUGAAGAAGCGCUCGAGAAUGAGAUGAACCAAUUUCUCGCACAAGGCUCUGAUAUGGUGGAAGUCGCAGCCAAUGUGAAUGCAGCACCACCUGCGAUUGGGAGAAUCCCACGUCAACCCCGGAAAGAAGUGUCAGAUAGCGCUGAAAUCGAUGCCGCUGAAUUCGAAUAUGACCCAGAAGUUGCCAACUGUCUUCUCUCCCCUUCGGAAGUGGAGAUCAAAGAGCGGAUCUGGGUGCAUGAAAAUCGUGACUAUCUCCGUACACAGCAAGCCAAGGCCUUGAAAAGAGCACUCCAGGAGGGCGAAGGCGUGGAGAGCAAGAAGCCGCGUAAACGAAGGAAGGGACGCCUUGGCGAUGUCACUUAUCUUCAAGGUGAGGAUGGGAAAGGCAGCCGAGCCUCGACGCCAGCUGAAGCGACGCGGCUUAUGCUUGAGCAGCGCGGUUAUAGUAAGAAAAUCAACUAUAAGAUGUUACUGGAUCUCUAUGGAGAAGAAGGAGCGGCGGAGGUGGACAAGGCUGAGGCGGAGAGGGCAAGCCGCAGUCAGAGUGUUGCAUCGCAGGCCCCCCCAAACCGCUUGAGCCUAGCCCUCAUCAUUUCAAGGAGAUCAUCAAGCCCAAGGUCUCGAGCUCUACCGAGAAAGCUGCCGACGAAGGCAACCUCGGUGGAUUCAACGAAGCAGACUAUGACGACGAGGACGAGGACGCUGAAGAUGCGGCUAGUGAUGAAGCUCGCGACGACGAGCCUGAUCUUGAUAAUGCGUUUGCUGGAACUUACGACGACGAUGACUAUUAUGCAUACGACGACUAGAGACUCUGCUCUGCAAGUAUUUGUGGCAUUCAUUUUGACACGCGAUCCUUUCAUAUAGGGCAUGUAUAGAUUAUCUUCUACAUAUCUAUAAUACUUUCGUAAUAUGUGAGGCUGAACCCUAAC